AUGCCGCAGCAGCACCAACCUCUCCUCGAACCCAAGCCAAACGAGGAGCCUUCAAAGAGGCUGCCCAACACCUCAAUGGCUGUCUCCAUCCCCAAACCUCAGAUACACCUCCCCUCGGUGAGAAAUGUCUCGGUGGAGCAAAAGAACCCUGUGCGGUGGAAUACAGCGGAUUUGGGAUUGAGACUAGGUGCAGAUCUCACCUCUGCUGCAAGCGCUUCCGCUUUGAUCGCUCCCAUCAUUACCAUUAUAGACCGAUCCAUAGUUGAGAAAGCUGCGAAUGGCGCAUCCUUCUCUUCCUGCCUCCUGCGCUCCUUGCGCCCAGCAAUCACCCGUCCGCACGCGUUCAUCUUCUCCAGGCCGUUCCUGCUGAUCUUCGCCCUGUAUUUCGCGACCUACACGACAGCCAACACGGUCGACACGUUUCGCUCAACCGUCACCCCGAAGCCGGCCUCUGCGGUUUCUUCAGGCCUGACGAAAUUCGUCGCGACUUCCUCGGUGAACAUGACCGUCUGUGUGUACAAAGAUUCGUGCUUUGCGAGGAUGUUCGGCGCCGCUGUAUCUUCUUCCCCGGCUGCUGCUGCCGUUCCCAAGCUCUCUUACGCCCUGUUUGCCGUGCGGGAUUGUCUCACGAUCUUCGCGUCUUUCAACCUGCCAUCCAUCAUCGCACCGCAGCUCGCCAACGUCCACCCGGAGAUGAGGUCGCGGUUCUCUCGCAUCCUCUCCACGGAGUCGGGAAGGGCAAAUACCGCCCAGUUUCUGGCCCCGGCGGCCAUCCAGUUGAUAUCUACUCCAAUCCAUCUACUUGGCUUGGACCUGUAUAAUAGACAGGGCCGGCUGGGAGUGGGUGAGCGAUAUUCUCGGGUUGUAAGGGAUUGGGGGGUGAGUGCAUUCGCUCGGAUGGGUAGGAUAAUUCCCGCCUUCGGCGUCGGCGGUGUCGUCAACGCAAACAUGAGAAAAAAAAUAAUGACCAAGAUCGAAGAGUUGUGA